UUGAAUCAACACACACUCGCAUAUUCAUAUAUAGUGAGGUCCGUACUAGCACUCCAUUUCAAUUCGAGAGCCAAAGAUGGCGGACGGAGGAGAAGAGAACAACAGUAUCAGAGUAUGUGGCAUGCAAUUCUCAUACGAAGGCCAACCACCCAUCUUCGCCGACUUCAACCUCAACAUCCAACCCGGAUCUCGAUGCCUCCUCGUUGGCGCCAACGGAUCUGGAAAGACCACUUUGCUGAAGAUUCUUGCGGGUAAGCAUAUGGUGGGAGGGAGAGAUGUGGUGCGUGUGCUGAAUCGUUCGGCUUUUCAUGACACCCAGUUGGUGUGUGAUGGUGACUUAUCCUAUUUGGGAGGAUCUUGGAGUAAAACCAUUGGCUCUGCUGGUGAGGUUCCACUUCAGGGUGAUUUUUCUGCCGAACAUAUGAUAUUUGGAGUUGAAGGGAUUGACCCUUUAAGGAGAGACAAGCUGAUUGAUCUACUAGAUAUUGAUCUGCGAUGGAGAAUGCAUAAGGUAUCUGAUGGGCAGAGGCGUCGAGUCCAAAUCUGCAUGGGUCUUCUUCAUCCUUUCAAGGUCCUUUUGCUAGAUGAAAUUACAGUUGACCUGGAUGUUGUUGCUAGAAUGGAUUUACUUGACUAUUUCAAGGAAGAAUGUGAACAGAGAGGAACCACAAUAGUAUAUGCAACACAUAUUUUUGAUGGUCUGGAGACAUGGGCAUCACAUCUGGCAUACAUCCAAGAUGGUGAGUUGAGGAGGUCAGAGAAGUUAUCAGAGUUUCAUGAGUUGAAGAAUUCAUCCAAUUUGCUUUCAGUGGUUGAGUCAUGGCUCCGUGCUGAAACCAAAUGUGAGAAAAAGAAACAUGUUAACCCUCCUGCCCAAGUCCAGAAGACAUCUACUUUGGGUACUUCUCCUUUUAUGUCAUCCAGACACAUGGCAUACUAUCGUUAAUCUUUCUGAAGUUUAUUCUUUGUCUUAUUGAUCAAAUAAACCUCAAAAUAGGAAUUCAAUUCAAAGCCAAAUGUAGAAGAGAAAUGACAAAAGCUUUUAAGCAAUAUGUCAGCAUUGCUCAAUGCUGUUUCAUACUUGUAAAAUUCUUAUUUUCUUGAGUGAUAGUGUUACUUUUUAGUAGCUCCUACGGAGAUUGGGGAUAUCAAUAGCUAUCUGAUUUGUUGGCUACAUGGCGAAGCCAUAAUAUUUUCUGCCGCUGGCAGAUAAUAAUGUAUCAAAUCACAUUAUUAUUCAUAUUUGGCUACAUUAUUUUGGUUUUCGAGAA